UCAGGGACAGGCGCGCCAUGCACCGGGCGGCGGCGUUGGUCCGGCGGGGCUGCUGCCCCCGAACCCGGGGCCCAUGGAGCCGUAGUCAGAGCAGCGCUGCUGCCGAGGCCUCGACCGUGCUCAAGGUGCGGCCCGAGCGGAGCCCGCGCGAGCGCAUCCUGACGCUGGAGUCCAUGAACCCGCAGGUGAAGGCGGUGGAGUACGCGGUGCGGGGACCCAUCGUGCUCAAGGCGGGCGAGAUCGAGAUGGAGCUUCGGCGGGGUAUCAAAAAACCGUUCACUGAGGUCAUCCGUGCCAACAUCGGGGAUGCACAUGCUAUGGGGCAGCAGCCAAUCACCUUCCUCCGACAGGUGAUGGCACUCUGCACAUACCCAAACCUGUUGGACAGCCCCAGCUUCCCAGAAGAUGCUAAGAAACGAGCCCGGCGGAUCCUGCAGGCUUGUGGCGGGAACAGCCUGGGAUCUUACAGUGCUAGCCAGGGCGUCAACUGCAUCCGAGAAGACGUGGCUGCCUAUGUCACCAGGAGAGAUGGCGUGCCUGCGGACCCAGACAACAUUUACCUAACCACCGGAGCUAGCGAUGGCAUUACUACAAUCCUGAAAAUCCUGGUCUCUGGGCGUGGCAAGUCGAGGACGGGGGUGAUGAUCCCCAUCCCGCAGUAUCCCCUCUACUCAGCGGUCAUCUCUGAGCUCAACGCCAUCCAGGUGAACUAUUACUUGGACGAGGACAACUGCUGGGCUUUGAAUGUGAACGAGCUCCGGCGGGCGGUGCGGGAGGCCAAAGAGCACUGUGACCCCAAGGUGCUGUGCAUCAUCAACCCUGGGAAUCCCACAGGUCAGGUGCAAAGCAGGAAGUGCAUAGAAGAUGUGAUUCACUUUGCCUGGGAAGAGAAGCUGUUUCUCCUAGCUGAUGAGGUGUACCAGGAUAACGUAUACUCUCCGGACUGUAAAUUCCACUCAUUUAAGAAGGUGCUUUACGAGAUGGGUCCUGAGUACUCCAGCAACGUGGAGCUCGCCUCCUUCCACUCCACCUCCAAGGGCUACAUGGGCGAGUGUGGCUACAGAGGAGGCUACAUGGAGGUGAUCAACCUGCACCCUGAGAUCAAGGGCCAGCUGGUGAAGUUGCUAUCGGUGCGCCUGUGCCCGCCCGUGUCUGGGCAGGCCGCCAUGGACAUCGUUGUGAACCCCCCAGUGCCAGGAGAGGAAUCCUUCGAGCAGUUCAGCAGGGAGAAGGAGUCCGUCCUGGGGAAUCUGGCUAAGAAAGCUAAGCUGACAGAAGACCUCUUUAACCAAGUCCCGGGAAUUCAGUGCAACCCCUUGCAGGGGGCCAUGUAUGCCUUUCCUCGGAUCUUCAUCCCUACCAAGGCCGUGGAGGCCGCUCAGGCCCAUAAGAUGGCCCCUGACAUGUUCUACUGCAUGAAGCUCCUGGAGGAGACUGGCAUCUGCGUGGUGCCUGGCAGCGGCUUCGGGCAGAGGGAAGGAACCUACCAUUUCAGAAUGACCAUUCUGCCUCCAGUGGAGAAGCUGAAGACGGUUCUCCAGAAGGUGAAGGAUUUUCAUGUAAAAUUCCUGGAGAAGUACGCGUGAGGCCUCCUUGGGCCCCAGAGGGAGACCAAGCCCCCGGCCUUCCUCCUGAUGCCCACCCAGGCCAGACUGAACUCACCUCCCCCAGCGACUCUGCCUCAGGCCUCACAAAGGUCACCAGUCGCGUUGUCGUUUCCCCAGGAGACUUCUUUCUCUGUGCCUUGAUGUUGGGAGCACUUAGCAAAUGUGAAUUGAGGAUGUCUCAGAGCCCUGUUUUUUCUCUUUUUUGAUGCAACCAAAGUAGAGGGGACUUGCUCAGCGUCCAUGACCAGCAUUCUCUGAUCUGUUCUGUUGCUUUUAGAAAGUUCAUUUAGGGGUUAAAAUAAUCAGGGUGUGUUGGGUGAGGUGUUGCAGAUCUGCAGAAACAGGGUGUCGGGAAAUGUAUGACUUAACUACGAUAAGGACUGGAAAUCCCAAACUCAUCACCGUGAUCUGUGAAAUAAAACCCUCAGCGUUGUGAAAAUCUAGUCCUUCAAACAGGAGAGCCUAGAAGAUCGUGGAGGCUCAGAGGACCCCCGGCCUGGCCUGGAGGCAAACAGCCUGUCUCAGACAGGAAUGGGGAGAGCAGCAGCAUGUGAAGGUGGCUGGACGCCAGGCUAGCCUGUGGCAGCCACUGGGGACUAUGGCCAAGGUCAUGAGAGCUCCUGCAGGGGAGGAAUGUGAGCCAGACUCUAGUUGAACUGGGAUUCGACUUGGGAGCAUGCAGCUGCAGUGAGGACUCUGCACAUGAGGGCCGUGGGGUGAAGAUUCUCCUGAACAUAAUUAGGGUGGGACCCCCAGCUUGAGGUCUCCCUGGAGUUCAGGAACACUGGGUACAGCCCAGCAGUUUCCCAGUCCCAGGAAAAGAUUCUGCUUGAUGGCCGGUGGCUCCAUCCCCCUGUUAGCCAGCAACCCCUUUCUCCCAGGGCUUGAUGGAGCCUUUACAUACAUUGCCCCUCGCUGGCGACAGCAAAGACAGGUAAACACUGAAAAGGCCCAGAGGGAGGGGCAUCUGACUGUGGUCAAAUCCCCUAGUGUCAGAGUUAUUUCAAACUGAAUUUGGUCCUUUUCCUAGCUCUUAAUUGGUCAGAGUGCCUGGCACCUUGGCUGCAGUGGAAGAGUAGAUGUGACCCAGUCUGAAGUUAAUGAAAAUGUUUUAAUGCAGAGUGUUUUGCUGCCCAGGCCGCAGAGCAUGUGUUGAGGCUUUGGUGGUCACUAUUCUGGAGGAUCAUCCACCGAGGUUGCAGCUCAGCUGGAAUUAGCAAACCUGAGUGGCAGCCCAACCUGCACACCUGGACAGUGGGCGCUACAGCAGGUGUGGUGCCCGCCUCUCCCACUGGCUGCCCCCGGUGGCACUUUGGAAAGCCAAGGCCCGCCCAGGAGCCUGAGGACCCAGCAAGUCCUAAAAUGGAGUUAAAGGAACUGGAAAGAGAAAUCUGAAGAGGCUGAAGGAGUAAGCUUUGAAAGCAGCCUCCUAGGCUGUGAUGUCCUUGCUGGGUCCAUGCAGGGGAUUGCAGCAGAAACUUUGAGGCUCCCCACCCUAACAUUACCGCCCUCUGAAGAAGUAGCCACAAUCUCAAAAAACAAAGGGAAUCCUUCCUUUAAAAAUUGAGAAAAUUGCACUUGUACUUGUGUGGUCUAUAAAUUAGGAUGUGUCCCAGAGUUGUAAGAUUUCUGGUGGAAAGGUUAAACGGGAGAAGCUAGUAUAUUUUUUAUAUUUUUGUAACAAUUGCUUUUUUCAUGGAGGGAGGAGGGGUUAGUAUUUGUAGUCUUAACAAGUCCGGUAGUUUUUUUAUAAAUCUCUUCAGAUGAUAAAUAAUCCCUAAAAACUUUGCAAUGUUUACAUGAUUUUUUAAAAAAGAUACCGAAUACACUUGGUUUGCUUUUAAAAUAAAAUAAAUGAAUAAAAACAUAAUAUAGUCAACUGGUUUAGAAAGCUUAGGUUUAAGAGUUAACUUCAGGUAGGAACAGCCAUGACAAGAGAUUUGACUUUCUGCAGAUUCUAUUGUAAUAAUUUUCCUAUUUGGGCACUGCCAGAGCACAUCAAGUCAUUUAGGGUCAGACUUAACUCCAAACCUGGGAUGUUUUCUGUCCUUCAUCCGCAUGUGGGGGGUGCUGGACUGUACCUCGGGUGGUCGGUCACCUCACUCCUUGAAGCCAGGCUGGUUGUUUCAAUGUUCUGUGGAGUUAGCAGGAAGAGCAGACAGGCCUGCCUGGCCCUGUUUUCCAAUCUAGAUUCUCACAGGCAUCUCCUGACAAAGGUAUUUAAUGAUAGCUCUGCUGGAAAUUUCUAAACAAUAAAAUACAUGUCCA